AUGUCAAUUCCAGGAUUUGGUGGUGGUGAUACUUCCACUUUCCGUCCGGAAGAUAGUAUUCAAGUUGAAAUACCUGGGUUUUCAGAGUGGAGAUUCGAAGUUCCUCAUAAAACUAUCUUAAAAUUUAAGAUUAUUGAUGGGAUUGGAGAAAUCUUUGGAACUGAAUUGCCACUUAAUGUUGAAUUACAACUUACUGGGGUUAAAUAUGCCAUAUAUGCUCCAUUAUCGAAUGGAUGUAAGUUGGAAUAUACCACUUUACAAAACAAAGCUGUCAUAACUAAUGAAGAUGAAGAAAUAUCAGAAUAUUUAAGUAAUGAAACUCAAGCUCAAACAACUUAUAUCAAUUUACAUUUAGGUUUGGAGACUAUUCGACAAGAAACUAGAGAUUCUAAUAUUUUGAAUCCAAAGGAUUUGAAACAAGGUCCAAAAGUUUUAAUCAUUGGAAAUCCUGGAUCAGGUAAAACAUCUUUAGCGAAGACUCUUGUUGGGUAUGCUAAUAAAAUGGAUAGUCGUCCUAUUUUAGUCAAUUUAAAUCCAAGAGAUGGUGUCUUUUGCUUACCAGGUUCCAUAUCAGCUACACCAAUAAGUGAUACCUUAGAUGUUGAAAGCACAAAUGGAUAUGGUUUCACUACUACAACUGGUAGUAUGAAUCAUAAUCCAAAACAACCCAUCAUUAAAAACUAUGGAUUUUCCGAUAUCAAUCAGAAUUUAGACUUGUAUAAAUAUCAAAUAUCAAAGCUUGGUGUCACAGUCUUGUCCAGAUUGGAAGAAGACUUAUCCAUUAGAAAUAGUGGGAUAGUUAUUGAUACUCCGCCUUUAUCAAUAAAAGAUUUCACCAUCAUUGAAAAUAUAGUAUCUGAUUUUGAAGUGGAUAUAAUAGUUAUAAUGGGGAAUGAAAGAUUAUUAAUUGAUUUAAAGAAAAAAUUCAAACAUAAAUUAUCCCAAUUACAAAUUAUAAAAGUUCCAAUUAGUGGAGGUGUGGCUGAAGUUGAUGAAGGUUUCAUAAGAAGAAGUCAAGAAGAAACUAUCAAGGAAUAUUUUAAUGGUAAUCAUAAAACAAGAUUAUCUCCAUUCAAGACUGAUAUCGAUGCCAAAGAUUUAAUAAUAUAUAAAGCUGUUCUUGCACUGGAUAUCGCAUCCACGUUGGCGUUUUUACCUUCGGCUGAUUCAUAUGCUGCUGAUGAAGAUGAGAAUUCAGAAGUUAAAUCGAAAACUGAUGAUAGUUUAACUAAAUAUUAUUCAUUAUUGACUGAGCCAAGUUCAUCCAACUUGGAUAAUUCCAUCAUGGCUAUAACCCAGUUACCACAAACUAAUAAUCUGGGAAAGGAUUUAUUGAAUACAAGUAUAAAGGGUUAUGUUCAUGUUUCAAAAUAUGAGGAUGAAAAGCAUAAAAUGAAGAUACUACUUCCAUUUGCUGGUGCAUUUCCAAAACAUGUUUUAAUAUCUACUAAUAUUGGGUUUAACGAAUAA